CCUUCGUAUGAACACCUGUGGAUCGUCGGCUUGUUAUCUGACAGAACUUGGGUGUGAUUAAAGUUUUUAAAGUGAAAAAAAGGUAAUAACAGAUUCAUGCACGUUAAGAUUGAAAGUGACUGACGAUGUUAACUUGCUGGUCAAGGUGACUCACCUAUGUGUCCACUUUGACUGAUUGCGUGAUGCCGGGUGCAGUGGCUGAGACAUACGCCCUAUGUCAAGAUUUUAUGGUAUAACAAAUUUGUUUGCCCAACACUAUGGCUGAAGUUCACAAUAGCACACAAAAUGCAGAAGCCUCAUAUGGACCUAGUGUUAGUAAUGGACAUGGUGAUGCUCACCUAAAGCCCACAGAUCAGCCCCAGGAGCAGGCUGACCAGACAGUUCAGAACCUUCCCACUGUAUGCAAAGACUGUGGUGUACUAGAUACAUUGGAGUGUGGCUGUAAGGAGAACCCAGAAGAUCAGUGUGGGUGGGGAAAACUGGAACCUGACUGUGUGCAGAAAUGCCACAAUGCCAAGUGUCUUUUAUUUUGCCUUUGUUUCAUGGUGACCAUACAAGGCAUGGUGGUGAAUGGUUUUGUAAGUUCUUCUAUAACAACAUUGGAGAAGAGAUUCAACCUGUCUAGUACUCAGGCUGGAGUGAUAGAUGCUGGCUAUGAUAUAGCCACUGUGCUAGUGCUGGUCUUUGUAAGCUACUAUGGAGGAAGAGGACAUAAAGGGAAAUGGAUAGGUGUUGGUACAAUAUUGCUUGGAUUUGGUUCUGUUAUUUUUAUAAUUCCACAGUUUACUACAGGCCUCUAUGCAGCACAAGAACGAGAAGAUGUUUGUGUUUUAGAUUCAAACAACAAUCAAACAGACUUUUGUCAAAGUCCAGAUGCCCAUCUGUCUGAUUAUUUCUAUGUAUUUUUCCUUGGACAAAUGGUUCAGGGGUUUGGGUGCUCUCCCAUGUUCACCUUGGCCUUUGUCUAUCUGGAUGAGAAUGUGUCCACUAAAGAAUCCCCUUUGUAUACAGGUAUAUACUAUGGGAUAUCUGUGAUAGGGCCUGCUCUGGGCUAUGUGCUAGGCGGAGUGUUGCUCAAUUUAUAUGGAGAUAUUGGGCAGGUGGAUAUCAGCAGUGUCACCAUAUCUCCAGAUUCCCCAAGUUGGUAUGGUGCCUGGUGGCUGGGAUUUCUAGGGACUGCUGUGAUGUCAUGGAUUAUAGCUUUCCCUUUGCUGGGUUUUGCUGCAGAGUUACCUGGUGCUCUAAAAAUAAAAGAAGAAAAGAAAAAAAGCAACUCCACAGCCUUUGAUUCUAACCUCAUGGAUCUUGGUGCUGCUAUGAAGCGUCUCUUUCAGAAUGCAACUUUUGUUUGUAUAGUGAUAUGUGAUGCAGUGGAAGGAUUUCUUGUAGGAGGGUUUAUAGCCUUUGCGCCCAAAUAUUUGGAGAACCAGUUCAGUAUGUCUGCAAGUCAGGCAUCAAUAUUAACAGGUGUUGUUGUUGUGCCAGCUGGAGGGGGAGCAGCCAUGUUGAGUGGUUUUCUGUUAAGGAAAUUGUCCUUCUCAUGUGCAAACAUUAUCAAGUUUGGCUUCAUAGUGCUACUCAUCUCCUUCUUCUGCUGUUUUGGAUUAUUUGUUAGAUGUGACAACAUGCCCUUUGCAGGAGUAGGAGCCUUACAGCCUGGUGGUUAUCAUGAAAGUGCUUCAAACAUGACAUUGGAGUGCAAUAUACACUGUGGUUGUCUUCAAGAUUUCUACAACCCAGUGUGUGGAGAUAAUGGAGUUACUUAUUUCUCACCUUGUUACGCAGGAUGCUUAACUAAGAACAUAUUGGAGUCAGACAAUUAUUAUAACAACUGCAGUUGUGUACAGUUCCACAGCAGUGGUCUGAUGAACAAUUCCAUGACAAAGGCUAAGGAAGGUCCCUGUUCAACCUCGUGUACAUUGAUGCCAUUGUAUCAAGUGGUGCUGUUGUUUCUAAUCACUUUCACCUUCUUAGCCAGCACUCCAACGGUACAGGCUAUUCUCAGAAGUGUCCAAGAAUGUGACAAGUCCCUGGCAACAGGAGUGGGAUGGGUGGCUGUGAGGUUGCUAGGUUUGAUUCCUGGUCCAAUUGUCUUUGGUGCCAUACUAGACAGUGCAUGUAUUGUGUGGGGUGAGGAGUGUGGCCAGAGGACCUCCUGCCAUCAGUAUGACAACGAAAGGAUGAGUUACUACUUUGUUGCCUUAUCGGCAAGCUUUAAAGCAGUGUCCUCCUUACUGAUGUUCCUGGCAUGGUAUUUAUAUAAGCCAGUCCCAGGUAGUGCAUGUUAUGCAGAGGAUGCAACAGGGGAAGAGGUUUGUCAGCUGUAAUUGAGAAUUUCUAAGAGGUAUACAAAGUAUGUGCUAUUCUAGUGAUGAAGACAUUGCACUGGUUAGUGUUAUUUUAAUAUAAUGAUACGUAAGAAAGUUUUCAUAUAAUGUUCCAGUACAAGUUCUAUUUUAGUAUCUUAGAUGGCUUAGAUGGCUUCAUUAAGGGACACUACAAAGAAUUUUGGCACAAAGAAAAUGCAAAUUUAUUUAUUAUCUAUUAUAAUAUGUAUGGGGUCAUCAGCAUUUUCUAAUAGUUACUGACCUUUGCUCUAUUCAAACUCAAGCAUUCCCUUUGAGUUUUAGGAUAUCUUUUUGUAGUUGUCUACAGCUGAGUGAAGAGUUACAUCCAUUACUUGCAUUUUAAUCUGAGACAAAAGUGCAAAAGAGGGAGAAUGAAAGCAUUACUUACAAAAAUUGUUACAUGGUCUUGUGACAUUAUUGCAGGCUAACUUAAAAAAAAAGAAAAUUUAAGACAAUUUUUCAUUAAUAUGAAGAAAGUAAUAUAUGAUAACCAGCACAGUUGGUCUCAGACGUCUUUUUUCAUUCCCUUUUUCCUCAAGUACAAAUAUUGAUAAGUUUUCCUAAUGAGUGAAAAAUAGUAUUCUGGUCACAAUUAUUUAACCUGAUUUUAACAUUUUUGAUCAGUAUUUUUGAUAGUAUCAUAUCUCUUAUAUGAAUUUAUAAUAAAUUUGUUUAAUUUUCACAUUGCUAUUUUGGGGACAAUAUUUCUACAAAAAGGUCAUACAUUUUGUGGGCAUCUUUCACAUAAGGACUGAUAAUGGAUAUUUAGGCACUGUUGUGCUAAGAGCAUGAUCCAUUACACUGUGACGUGCAAUAUAUGGAAAAACUUUAAAUAUUAUAUUACACUUGCCAUAUUUUUAAAAACUUAAUCAUAUCCUACUUUUCCAGGAUUAAUAGACUUACAUUUUGUAGACAUUCUUCUUUCUGGGAAAGGGUUGCUAGGAAGUCAGGUCAUGAAACCUUUACUCUACUUUUAUUAUAUGUAUUUCAAAUUUACAAAUUAUGGACCUUUAUAAAGUGGUUGUUUGUUAUCGUUCAGGAAAAAUAUGCAUUGUGCUUUUUGAUACAAAUUUAUUAAAGAUACUUUCCAGCUAUUCAGUUUUGAUGACUGUUAUUGUUAUUUUAGUGCUAAAUAUAAUUAAUAUCAUGUAAACAAUAUUUAACUAUUUUAUACUUCAGGUUGGUGCUCUCAUUUAUAGAGAAGUGAACCUGAUAUAGUAAUGUGUGUUAUUUUUGGAAAUCCCUUUUACUGCAGGUAUAAGAAUUAUUAAAACCCUGUAUUUCAUUUUAUAUCAUGAAGAGUAUCAAGAAGAAAAGGCAACAUUUGACAUAUAGCACAGAGGGCAUGCCAUGUCUGGUUCUCGAGUUCUGUGAUAUAUCAUAUAUGCCACUUGUCAGUGAGGCAUAUGUGAAACCCACUCAUGCUUUACACUCGUAUAUAUUACCAACACCUCAUUGACUUGUGGUUUGUCUAUUACAUAAUUAUUUCUGGGGAAAGCAUGAAAGUAGAAUUUUUCAUUGCCUUCUUCCAUUCAUCUUUUAGCUGUCAGAUAUUUCAUGUUAAAAAACAGGAAAUGGCUAUUUGGAAAAUAAAUUGUAGAAAUGUUGAGCAAUGUAGUUGCAUGUGAAUACCUUUUCAGCUUAUAUUCUAGUUAUUAUAUAAUUAUAUUUAUGAAAAGUGAUAUCAAUAAAUGUAUAUUUUAUAUC